CCAGCAUCUCAGAUGCAUGCACUGUAGUUUGAUCAAAAUUUAAAAUGAGUGGAAGUUACCGCUUAUGAUGGAUCGAAAAUCAUCAGUUAAUCCGUUGGCACAAUCACGUAAACCAUCUGAAAUCUCUAGCACUGAAGAAUUAUCACAAGGUCAAAAGCCACUACCUAAAGUCAUUGGUAGAUUAUCCGUAUUCAAGGAUACAGCAUUGUCAUCAGAAAAAAGGAGAUAUUCAGUACAGAAUGCAUCCGGAUCUGGAGCCCUUCCUCCAAGAAACAGUCCACGUGCAACACCAUAUUUGAAUACGCCAGUUACAUCAGCUGGACCAAUACCUGUAUCAUCGACAAUUCCAAGAGCAUCGAUCGCAUGUAUCCCACUGAGUGUUCAGGCUCAAAUUCAACAAAACCAAGCAAUUAAAUCUGAACAACCUUCUAUUGCAAAGCCUACACCAUCACCUUUGACAAAAACUUUUGUUACACCUCAAGUAACACCCAGAGCAUCUAUAAGCAAAGUUUCUGAAUCAGAUAUAGAACAUACUAAAAAACUUAAUCGUCUACCAAAAUCUUUCCAAUGUGAUUGUUGUCAACAUGUUACUGUGUCCAGAAUAACAUAUCAUGUUGGUGUUUUAACAUGGCUUAUGGCAGUGUUAAUUUUUUUAUGUGGUGGCGUUCUAGGCUGUUUUCUGAUACCAUUCUUUACAAAUUGUUGUAAAGAUGUUAAACAUGAAUGUCCAUUCUGUGGUACAGAAAUUGGUAUGGUUAAAUGUAUCUAAAUGUGUUUUUUUUUAUUUACUACUGGACAAUGAAUAGAAAUACUUAUUUGAUUGGAAAUCACUUACAUCCUAUGAACACAUACCAUAUUUGCGUUUCAUAAAUAUUUUUACUUAUGUUCUGUGGAGAACAAUUUUUAUUCAAAGUAAAUACACUAAUCUCAACCACAAAAAAAUCAUGUACCACUUCGAAGGUGUUGCCAUUUUAUGAAAGAAAGAAAGAAACCCCAGAGACUUUUUUAAAAUUAUAACUCAAAUACUGAUUUCUUAUUUCGCUGUAUUAUGUAUAAAUCAAAAAUGAAUAGUAAUCUGUAUCUAAUGAUAUUAUAACCAUAAAAUUCUAUUAAAUAUUCAACAUUUAACAUUUUGAUUAAUGAUUGUAAGUUUAUUUCUUACUAUUGAAAAGUGUUGAUAUUUUAAUAAACAAUAAUUUUUUCAUUAUUAUUAUCAUUAUUACCAUUAUGGGAUUUGCAUCCGAAAUUGUAUCUUUGUGUUAAUGUGAUAUGGCAACUUGAACUGAUGUAUGUACGUACGAAGUUCUACGUUGUUGACUGACUGACUGAUAUAUAUAUAUAUACUCAUGAAACUAUCCUAUUUUUUAUAUUUUCUUCUAAAUAUUUCAUUUUAAUAUGGAAACAAUUCGUUUUUUGUUUUAAAAAAAUUGAAAAUAGAAACAAAAAUCAUAUUUGGUAUUAUUUAAAUUGAAUUGAAAUGUACUUCUUUCUCUUUUUUUUUUUACUUUUCAUUUUCUUUACGUAUGAUGUAUCUGUUAUUUAAUUGUUUGCCUUUAAUAACUUCUUAACUAAAUGUAUUUAUUUAUUCAAUGUAUUCUUUUUUAAUGAUCAGAUAUGUAUGAAUGUUUUCAUAAAGUACUAAUAAAUUUCAUAAUAAUUGUAAUUCAUCUAUUUCUUAUAGUUUACUUAUUGCAAACAGUUUUAAAGUUUCGAUGGUUUCACUUUCUCAAGUUAAUACUAUUUAUAUUAAAUAAAAGAGUAAUAUAGUUGCUGGGUAGUUUACUUUAAUUUUUCAACAAAAAGAAACCAUGGAAAGAAAAUACCGGCACCAAGACUAGCCUGUAUAAUUUGUGCUCAACAGAAGUUUAACCGAAAAAAAUCUCUGCUUUUGUUGUUGUUGUAUGAUUUUUUUUUUAAAAAAUAAAAGAUUUAUCACUAUGGAUCAAUAUAUUUACUCAUUUAUUUUUUAGUGGAGAAAUGAUAUACAUAGUCUGUUAGGGAUUCUAAAGAAAACUAUUUUGAUAAUGUCUCAUCAUUAAUUGAAGAUAAUUUCAUUAACUAGUUUUAAGGUUUUGUUUAAAACUAUCUCGGCUUAUUACGGAAUAUCAGUGGAAAACAUAUCUAGUUGUCUUUCAAAGAUUUUCAAUUAUAUAUAAAUGUUGUUAAUUAAGAAAGUUUCAUCUAGCGAUGGACGUCGUUUAAGUGCCUAAGAUUCAUGACGAUCGUAUUUAACUACAAAAUAUGACCACUAAGAAUAAAAUAAAAGAUAAUGACAGAGUAAUAAUCAGCUAACUAACAAAACUUCUCAUUUAUGUUUCUUAAAGUACUGACAUUUCCAACAGUUGAGGUAUACCACAGUCUUACUAAAAUCGUGUAACAUUACUUGC